UGAUUUUUGUUUACAAGUGUGCCCCCACUUGCUUGACCUUCUUAACCCAAAUAACAUCAUAUGUAACCAUUCCCCCAUCUUCCUCUCUCUCUCUCUCUCCAUAAAGUUAUCACCUUUAAGUGCGUUCUAAUGGAGAUUAUUCUCUACUCAUCCUAUCCCCUUCAUUAAUAAAGCUUUCUUCACGCUUUUUAAGACAAUUAACAGCCACGGGUCCUAAAAGCUAAAGUCUUUUGCUUCGAAUUCAAGUGUCCCUUCUCUCUCUGUUUCUGCUGUCCAUUCCCUGAAGUAAAGUUUUGAUUUUUAUAAGAAUUGAGAGAAGUUGAAUAAUCAUGACUAUUGGGUUUUCGUUUCUGAUCCGAUUCUUAUUCUAAUCUUGUCAAUUUCCCUUCAUCUCUUUCAGGUAAGAGGUUGUUGGUGCCAAUGGGGUGGCUUACUAAGAUCCUUAAAGGCUCUAGCCAUAAGUAUUCAGAUGGACAAGCCAAUAGAAGAUACAAUAGAGAGGAUAGGAGCUUGUUGGACACUCCUCGUUAUUCCGCGGAAGGAUCUGAUUUUGACAAAGAAGAGAUUGAAUGCGCCAUUGCGCUCUCCCUUUCUGAACAAGAACGUGUCAUUCCACAAGAUGACAAAGGAAAGAAAGUCAUCGAAUACAAAUCUGAAACCGAAGAAGAAGAUGAAGAUGAGGAUGAGGAGGAGGAGGAGGAUGAUGAAGAACACAUGAGAGCUCAGGUGGAAGCAGAAGAAGAAGAGGAGAAAAAGCUAGCUCAAGCUCAAAUAGAGGAAGAAGAGAAACGAAGAGCUGAAGAAGCUGAGCUAGAAGAGUUAGAGAAACAGCUUGCCAAAGCUAGACUAGAAGAGGAAGAAGUUAGACGCGCCAAAGCUCAGCUAGAGGAAGACGAGCAGCUCGCAAAGGCUCUUCAAGAAAGUAUGAAUGUGGGAUCUCCUCCUCCUGGAUAUGAUUCUGGAAGUGUGUUUCCAUCAUACCCCUUCCUUGUUCCAUCUAGGAUAUGCACUGGUUGCCGAGCUGAGAUUGGACAUGGAAGGUUUCUGAGUUGCAUGGGUGGCGUUUGGCAUCCUGAAUGUUUUUGCUGCCAUGCUUGUGAUAAGCCCAUCAUAGACUAUGAGUUCUCAAUGUCAGGAAACAGGCCUUAUCACAAACUGUGUUACAAGGAGCAGCAUCAUCCAAAAUGUGAUGUUUGUCAUAACUUUAUUCCUACAAAUCCAGCCGGUCUCAUUGAGUACAGAGCUCAUCCCUUUUGGAUGCAGAAGUAUUGUCCUUCACAUGAGCGUGAUGGAACUCCUAGAUGUUGUAGCUGUGAGAGAAUGGAGCCGAAAGAUACAAAGUAUCUGAUACUUGAUGAUGGAAGAAAGCUGUGUCUUGAAUGUCUAGACUCAGCCAUUAUGGACACUAAUGAAUGCCAGCCGUUGUAUCUCGAGAUACGUGAGUUUUACGAAGGCUUGCACAUGAAAGUGGAACAGCAGAUUCCUAUGCUCUUGGUGGAGAGAUCAGCUUUAAACGAAGCUAUGGAAGGAGAGAAACAUGGACAUCAUCACUUACCUGAAACUAGAGGACUCUGUUUGUCUGAAGAACAAACUGUCACAACAGUGUUGAGGAGACCAAAGAUUGGUGCAGGCUACAAGUUGAUAGACAUGAUCACAGAGCCUUGCAGGCUGGUGCGCCGUUGUGAAGUCACUGCUAUUCUCAUCUUAUAUGGACUUCCCCGUUUGUUAACUGGAUCAAUCCUAGCUCAUGAGAUGAUGCAUGCAUGGCUUCGACUAAAUGGGUAUCCAAAUCUUAAACCAGAAGUGGAAGAAGGGAUAUGUCAGGUUUUAGCUCACAUGUGGUUGGAAUCUGAGACUUAUGCUGGCUCUACAUUGAUAGAUAUUGCAUCUUCUUCUUCGUCUUCAUCAUCAGCCGCUGUGGCGAUUGCAUCGUCCAAGAAAGGUGAGAGGUCUGAUUUUGAGAAGAAACUUGGUGAGUUUUUCAAGCACCAGAUAGAGUCAGAUUCUUCAUCUGCAUACGGGGAUGGGUUCAGGCAAGGUAACCAAGCUGUUCUUACGCAUGGUCUGAAGCGAACCCUUGAUCAUAUUCGCUUGACCGGUACAUUUCCUUAAAUGGGGUUUGAAACGAUUAAGAGAUAAACAAAAGGCUUUGCUAUAGUUCUUAGAGUAUACACUAAGAAAAAAUGGGAAAAUGUAUAGUUUAAAUACACAUUUUAGAGUCAAGGUUUCCACCACCUCCAAGUAUACGUUUUUACAUGCAUUUUAAAGUUUCCACCUCCAA